AUUUCGCACAAAAUCAACGAUUCGCAUUGGAUGAAGAAAAUCGAAUUUAAAAUCGAAAUUGAGUUCGACCUUCGGAAUCAAAUAUGGCACAAUCCCAGUGUUCAACGCAAUAAUUUACUUUCUUAUAAUGAGAUAAGCAGAAUUAAACAUUUAAUGUCUAUUUUUCGCUGUAAAAAAAAUCUAAAAUAACGUAACGAGAUGGCGAACCGUGUUAAUUCUAUAUUAAACAACCUGUUGACAUCAUAUAAGAAUUGGGUCGUAGCGAAUCCGCAAUUAUUGACAGAUAUCGAGGCUACUGUCAGAUGUUUAUCGUAUUUCAGUUUUGGACAAUUGCGCAAUUCGACUUUGGCCGUGGAAUUGAUUUAUUCCAUGCCAAAUCUAAUAGUGCUCUGCAAUGAUUUGCUUAUGUACAGCAGCAAACGUCAGCAUUUUAAAAUACCUCAGUUUGACUCAAAAAUUAAAAUUUGGCUAACUGUGGUGGAGUACACUGAGACCUUUCUCGAAGUGUCAGCUAAGAAAUUAUGGGGGCCAAAAGGAAAAUGGCUAAUAAUCGUAAUUAUACAAUUAUUUAAGUCUGUAUUGCGACUGCUAUUAAUUUAUACAUAUAAGGAACGUGUAACGAAAAGCCCAGCGAUAUCGCCUCUUAACAGAGAGAAAUUCAAUAAAAUCGACAAUGUGCAAUUGAAGGAAGGCUUUAUGCUGAAAAGAUCAGGCACUAUUGUUAGAAGUGUAAAGUAUUCUACUCCUAUAGAAUUACGAACGUGGAAAGCUUUGCCUUCUAUUACAGACGAGAACGAGAAUCUAACUAAAAACCAGGAAUCUGAGAGGAAUCUUAAACUAGCUGAGAGUCUUUAUGUGACAAAGCCACUGCUUCAUCUAGGAUGUAUGUACAUUACUAACCAAAACCGUUGGCCACCGUGGAUAUUAUCACUUAUUAUCGAUAUAGCCAGUUUAAAUAUCUUCAAUCGUUGUGCCCAAAAAGCAUUAUUAAGUAAGGAGGAAGAAGAAGAGCUCGUGCGUCGAAGAUUGAGUUUACUGUUGUACAUUUUGAGAUCGCCGUUUUAUGACAAGUACAGCCGUAAUAAGAUAGAUGCACUGCUUGAUACGAUAUCUAGUUCCGUACCUCUUGCCAAGUAUUUGACAAGUGCUGUUAAAAAGAAUUUACCGUAUAUGCAAAGUACGUAUUUUUACAUGUGGUCGCGCUAACUUACUGAUAUAAGCUCGCUACGAGAAAUACAUAAGUUAAGUUUUUCAAAUACGAAAG